AUGUGGAAUAUGAUUUACCUGAAUGUUAUUAGGUUUUUGUAUUUCCUUAUUCUACUGUAUGAUGCGUUCGUCUCCCCCAGUAACAUAUUUGAGAGGUCGGUGGUUUCUAAAGCUGCUGGGUCCCGCUCGGUGGCCAGAAUGGACGGGGACAUUAUAAUCGGUGCACUGUUCUCGGUCCACCACCAACCGUCAACAGAGCAGGUAGCGGAGAGGAAGUGCGGGGAGGUUCGGGAACAGUACGGCAUCCAACGAGUAGAAGCGAUGUUCCACACCUUGGACAGAAUCAACUCCGACCCGAACCUUCUACCCAACAUCACUCUGGGGUGCGAGAUCAGGGACUCCUGCUGGCACUCCUCGGUGGCUCUGGAGCAGAGUAUUGAGUUCAUUAGAGACUCUCUCAUCUCGAUUAGGGAUGACGACAACAAAGAUGGUACAUCCAGACAGUGGUGCAUUGAUGGGACGCCUGCAAGUCAGCCGCCCACUACCAAGAAACCCAUAGCAGGUGUCAUUGGACCUGGGUCCAGCUCAGUGGCUAUCCAGGUUCAAAACCUCCUGCAGCUGUUUAACAUCCCUCAGAUAGCGUAUUCUGCGACCAGCAUAGAUCUGAGUGACAAAACGCUCUUCAAGUAUUUCCUUAGGGUUGUGCCCUCUGACACUCUCCAAGCCAGAGCCAUCUUGGACAUUGUCAAACGCUAUAACUGGACCUAUGUGUCAGCAGUCCAUACAGAGGGUAACUACGGAGAGAGUGGUAUGGAAGCCUUUAAAGAUUUGGCCUCUCAGGAGGGGCUGUGUAUCGCCCAUUCAGACAAGAUCUACAGCAACGCCGGGGAGAAGCACUUUGACAGGCUGCUGAGGAAGCUGAGAGAACGCCUGCCCAAGGCCCGGGUGGUCGUCUGCUUCUGCGAGGGCAUGACGGUCCGUGGGCUGCUCAUGGCUAUGAGACGACUUGGAGUGGCAGGGGAGUUCCUUCUCAUCGGCAGUGAUGGCUGGGCAGACAGAGAUGAGGUGGUUGAGGGCUAUGAACAGGAGGCUGUGGGCGGGAUCACUGUGAAGCUGCAGUCGGAGGAGGUCACGUCAUUUGAUGAUUACUUCCUGAAGCUCCGCCUCCACACCAACACCAGGAACCCGUGGUUCCCUGAGUUCUGGCAGCACAGGUUCCAGUGCCGCAUCCCAGGGCACCCGCAGGAGAACAUGAACUACAGGAAAAACUGCUCAGGUUACGAAAGUCUGGAGGAUAACUAUGUCCAGGACAGUAAGAUGGGGUUCGUCAUCAACGCUAUCUACGCCAUGGCUCAGGGUCUGCAUGACAUGCACAGCCACCUCUGCCCCGGCCAUGUGGGACUGUGUGAGGCCAUGGACCCCAUCGAUGGAAGCCAGCUGCUAGAGUUCCUCCUGAGGACCUCCUUCACUGGGGUGUCUGGAGAAGACGUGUGGUUCGAUGAGAAUGGGGACACGCCUGGCAGGUAUGAAAUAAUGAACCUCCAGUAUGUGGAGCCUGGUGCGUUCGACUACAUCAACGUGGGUUCGUGGCACGAGGGUCAGCUCAGCAUCGAUGACUACAUGAUGCAGAUCAACCGCAGUGACAUGGUCCGCUCCGUCUGCAGUGAGCCCUGCUCCAAGGGAGAGAUCAAGGUGAUCAGGAAGGGAGAGGUGAGCUGUUGCUGGAUCUGUACGCCCUGUAAAGACAACGAGAUCGUCCAGGAUGAGUUCACCUGCAGGACCUGCGAGCUGGGCUGGUGGCCGGACCCCGAACUGGAAGGUUGUGAGCCCAUCACCUUGCGGUACCUGGAGUGGGGGAACCCAGAGUCCAUCGUCCAGGUGGUGUUUGCCUGCCUGGGCAUCCUAGUCACCUCCUUCGUCACUUUCAUCUUCGUCCUGUUCCGAGACACGCCCGUGGUCAAGUCCUCCAGCCGUGAGCUCUGCUACAUCAUCCUGGCCGGCAUCUUCCUGGGCUACAUCUGCCCCUUUACCCUGAUCGCCCGACCCACUGUGACCUCCUGCUACCUGCAGCGCCUCCUAGUGGGCCUCUCGGCCGCCAUGUGCUACUCAGCGUUAGUCACCAAGACCAACCGCAUCGCACGCAUCCUGGCAGGCAGCAAGAAGAAGAUCUGUACCAGGAAGCCGCGGUUUAUGAGCGCCUGGGCCCAGCUGGUGAUCGCCGGCCUCCUGGUCAGUGUCCAGCUCUCCCUGGAGGUUACUCUGAUCAUCCUGGAGCCGCCCAUGCCCGUCAAGUCCUACCCCAGCAUCAGGGAGGUGUACCUCAUCUGCAACACCAGUACACUGAGCAUGGUGGCGCCGCUGGGCUACAACGGCCUGCUCAUCCUGAGCUGCACCUACUACGCCUUCAAGACGCGCAACGUCCCGGCCAACUUCAACGAGGCCAAGUACAUUGCCUUCACCAUGUACACCACCUGUAUAAUCUGGCUGGCUUUUGUCCCCAUCUACUUCGGCUCCAACUAUAAGAUCAUCACCACGUCGUUCUCCGUGAGCCUGAGCGUCACCGUGGCGUUGGGCUGUAUGUUCUCGCCCAAGAUGUACAUCAUCCUCGCCAAGCCGGAGCGUAACGUGCGCAGCGCGUUCACCACCUCGGAUGCCGUGCGCAUGCACGUGGGCGACGGCACUUGCCGGAGCAACAGCCUGCUCAACAUGUUCAAACGGAAGAAGAACUCUGAGAAUUCUAAUGGAAAGUCUGUGUCAUGGUCUGAACCAGGUGCAAGACAUCAUCCUCCAAAAGGGGAGCACAAUUGGCACAGACUGUCUGUGCACGUGAAGAGACAGGAAGCAGGAUGCUCCAAUCAGAUGGCUGUCAUCAGACCCUUAACUAACACCUACCAUAACACAGGCAGCAGCAUGGCCAUGGAGUUCUCUGACCUCAGCACCAAAACUCUGUACAAUGUAGCCGAGGAGGACGAGUGCGACCUGGUCAGAUACAACCCUCCCCUUAGUCCCCACAUGAUGGCCCACGGGCAGAUAAUGCCCUCCAUCGGUGGGCCGAUGAAAGAGGUGGAUGAGGUGGUUGAAUAUUAUCCCCCUGUUGACCACAUGCCCCUGCCACAGAGCAGAGUGAUCCCCCAACAGAGGGUCAUCACUGACCACCUACUGUUACAGUACAACAGUGAUUUCAUCAUCCCUGAGCUCAAUGAUAUGGACAUGAUCAGUCUGCCCGGCCCUGGCCCUAUGGCUGGUGGGGGUGGUGGUGGUUUUGGGAGCCGGUCUGGGAGCAGUCAUGGCAGGCCUGUGUACCACCAGGCUCAUCUCAUCCAGCAGCAUGCAAUCCUGCCCCUGCAACUAGACCUUGGCCCCUUUGAUGACGAGGAACCCACCUCCACCAUAGAGAUAGAAGAGGAGGAGGAGAUUGAGGAGGAGAUUGAGGAGGAGGAGGAGAUUGAGGAGGAGGAGGAGGUAGAGGUGGAGGAGGAACAGUUUGGCCUCCUCCAUGGAUACAUGUAUGACAACGGCCUGAUUCACGAAGAAGAAGAGGACGACGUUGUUCAGAUCAAAUCAGCCAUGGAGGAUUCUAUGGCCCUGAUGCCCCCCUCCCCGUUCCGUGAUACAGCGAGCAUGGGGAGCCCUUUCCACAACACCUCACCCGUGUCCGAGUCCAUAUUGUGCACCCCUCCGAACUACGCCUCCGUCAUUCUGAAGGACUACAAAGAAAGCUCCUCAACUCUGUGA